UGAAAAUCAGUGUAUGAAAACGUGAUUGAGAAGCGAAAUGAAACGAAUAAAUAGGGUCACGUGGCACACCUGGACAAUUGCCCCAUUCUCUCCAUCGAUACAUUUCUCCUCUACGUAACGCCAUCUCUCUCUCUCUCACACUUCAAUUCAUUUUCAAUUUCAAUUUCAAUUCUCGACGCCUACCACCGGAGCAGAGCUCAAUCACUCGUCCAUGGCGGAAAGAGACCUACCAUUACCAAAGUUUGGAGAAUGGGAUGUCAACGACCCAGCUUCCGCUGAAGGGUUCACUGUGAUAUUUAACAAAGCUCGGAAUGAGAAAAGGACUGGUGGAAAGUCCGACUCUCCGCCAAAGGUCAACGCUGCUUAUAAGCAUGGACCGACUCUGGGAAAGCCUCAUUCUAAGAAAUGGUUUUGCUGCAUGCAGUCUGCUUCAGCAGAGUCAUGAGUUGCUCUUGGUGACAAUGUUUGGGAAUUUCAUUGUUUUAUGAUCUCAUAUUUAUUGGCAGUGUGAGCCUUCUGAGACGAAACAUUAUAAAUUUAUUUAAUUUAUCUCUUAUUUUGUCAUUUGAUUGGAGUUUUCCUUCAUGUAUUAAAUUUCUUCGUUUGGUUUGUUGUAUUAAUAUACCAUCAUCAUUAAUGCAAAUUUGUUCAUUUGGUUUGCUUUUCUUCA